AUGCAAAUCUUCGUAAAAACCCUCACUGGUAAGACCAUCACUCUUGAGGUCGAAUCUUCCGAUACUAUUGACCAGGUCAAAGCUAAAAUCCAGGACAAAGAAGGUAUUCCUCCAGAUCAGCAACGUUUGAUCUUCGCUGGCAAACAGUUGGAAGAUGGUCGUACCUUGAACGAUUACAAUAUUCAAAAAGAGUCAACUCUUCACCUCGUUCUCCGUUUAAGAGGUGGUGGUAUGCAAAUUUUCGUCAAGACCCUUACUGGAAAAACCAUUACCCUUGAAGUCGAAUCUGCUGAUACAAUCGAACAAGUUAAAACAAAGAUUCAAGAUAAGGAAGGAAUCCCUCCGGACCAACAACGUUUAAUUUUUGCUGGUAAACAAUUGGAAGACGGUCGCACUUUGGCAGAUUACAAUAUUCAAAAGGAAUCAACUCUUCAUCUCGUUCUUCGACUUCGUGGUGGAAUGCAAAUUUUCGUGAAAACACUCACCGGUAAAACUAUUACCCUUGAAGUUGAAUCGACAGACACAGUUGAUCAGGUCAAGGCCAAAAUUCAAGACAAAGAAGGAAUCCCCCCGGACCAACAACGUUUAAUUUUUGCUGGAAAACAAUUAGAGGAUGGUCGUACCUUGGGUGAUUAUAAUAUCCAGAAAGAGUCGACUCUUCAUCUCGUUCUUCGUCUUCGCGGUGGAAUGCAAAUUUUCGUCAAAACUCUCACCGGAAAAACCAUUACUCUCGAAGUUGAAUCGACAGACACAAUUGAUCAAGUUAAGGCCAAAAUUCAAGAUAAAGAAGGAAUCCCUCCGGACCAACAACGUUUAAUUUUUGCUGGAAAACAAUUAGAGGAUGGUCGUACCUUGGGUGAUUAUAAUAUCCAAAAAGAAUCAACUCUACAUCUUGUUCUUCGACUUCGUGGUGGUAUGCAAAUUUUCGUAAAAACCCUUACUGGAAAAACGAUUACCCUUGAAGUUGAGUCUUCUGAUACAAUUGAUCAAGUCAAGGCUAAAAUUCAAGAUAAGGAAGGUAUCCCUCCCGAUCAACAAAGAUUGAUUUUCGCAGGAAAACAAUUAGAAGAUGGACGUACUUUGGGCGACUAUAAUAUUCAAAAAGAAUCUACACUCCAUCUUGUUCUCCGUCUCCGGGGUGGACAGUAG